AUGAACAAAACUCCUCUACUAGAGUCCACAGCUGGUAUUAGUGCGGAUAGCUUGCUACUAUCUGCCGGUCUCCAACACAGUGGGGAGAGCCUGAUGCUGUCGCCGGGCACGACAAUGGGAAGUCUGAUGCAGCAACUUCCGGGUCAGACAGCGUCCAACUUGGGACUUCUUUCUAAGAGUGGUCCCUCGUCAGGGGAUAGCUUGGUGCUAUUGGGGGCAUCGUCAGAAAUAAAUACCGGCGCAGCUACAGCUGAACUCACAAGGGACCACGAACAAGCGGCUAUUUCUAAAGAGAACAGAGCCGCGGAAGUAGAACUACUGCAGCCAGGACGAGUGAAAAAUAGUGACGUUGCAUCAGUACCUCUAGCUCUACCAGUAGACGAGUCAACAUCUUCACCAUCAACCCAAAAAUUGCCUAAUAUCCAUCACUUUUUGGGAGGUGCUGGUGCGCUCUUAUUCCCAGCAACAGCAUCAAGUAUGCGCUCACGGUUUUACCAACCGCCGUUUGAACAGAAGAACACAAAUGAAAAGUCACAGUCUCCAGCCACGGCGCAGGAAGAGAGCAUCCGCUUUCCGUCUUCGUCAACUGUAGUACUAAAAAAAGUAUCUUCGCCGCAGGAUGUUGAAAAUAUAACCGGAAAUAAAGAGGCGGUUGAACUUGAAGAAGAGCCACUAUUAAACGCCGCCAGCACAACAACUUCAUCUCGUCCGGCCAUCUCUUCUCCAUCAGCAUCACCUCCACUUCUACCAGGUUCUAUCAACGCCAGGCACAAGAACAAGGAGAAUACUGAUAUUACUGAUCAUGAGGUAAGACCACGUGCUAGUUCUAUGCCAUCUCGUCACUCUUUUGGAUCCUUGAGGGAGAGCUACCUGCAAGAGCCUGCGAGAGCUGCAUACAGAGAUCCAUCGCUGCUGUUUUCUUCGGACGAGAGACCAGCCAAAGGUGCUACCACUGGCAUGAUACCGCCAAUUGGCUUCUCUGCACCUGGAAUUGAAGAUAGGAUUGCAGCUGCUCUUUCGUCUCCGCUUGCUGAAGGUCUUGAAGAUGUCGUUGCACCAGGAGAUGAACCAGGUCAACAUCAACAUCCUCAACAUACAACGACGACCCCUCUAGUGCUUCAGCCAGCAGCACAUGUUCAAACUUCUCGAAAGGAAGAAUUACCAGUGCGAAGACAUUCUUCUCCCGCUCGUGUGCUAGCACCACAUAGUUGGGAGCGUCAGCGCGAUGACUGGCGAAAUCUACAGAGUUUCCUCCGCGAAAAGAGUAUAUCGCCACCAAAGCUGCAACGUGUGCCGCCACCUUAUGUUGUGAGUGCACUGCUAUUAUUAGCUUGUUUGACGAAGACAUCAGUUGUUUUUGUUAUCCUUGCCAAUUAUAAGUCCUCAAAGUGAAAAAUCUUGUUGCUUAGAAUUAGAUCAUUCGAACGCAUUUGCAUUUUGAAUCACCGUCAGAAUAACCUCCUCACCACCAUCUGAACACAAGAACUACUUUCAUACACUGGAGCUUACGAGAAAACUCGAGGCAAGUACGCUCUCGCAGGCAGCUCGACUCGCGGCCAGGCUGGCGCCAAAGUGAACGAUAUUUCCACGAGGUUAUGAAGACUACAAAUAUGAGAAUAUCAGAAUGGUGAAAAGAUAGAUUCAGCAUGGGUUUGUAUUCGUACUUGUCUAAGGUGACGUAGUUCGUGUCGAUAACGCUCGUCUUGCAGCUAGUAAAAAGAACAGAGAAAACAUCAGAACUUUAUGUUGCUAUGAAAUUUGAAGGUAGAAAAACUACAUAUCCCUCAUACAGUCAUUAACAGAAAGGUCUUUAUUUUUAUGUGAGAAAAUAUUCUUCAGUUACAUCAAAGAGUCUUUAAAUAUAGAUUUUUGUUAUUCUGUUAAACUACUGUCUGGCGGGAUGGGGAUUCCAUCCGCAUCCGACCGAAUUUCUUUAAUCCAUGAUUUAUUUUCGUGUCUGAUAAAAUGGCCAAACCAAUUGCGACGUCUUGCAAGACAUUUUGAUAAUUGCGACGUCUGCUUUCAUAUACGCUAGAAGAGGUCGACCUGGACUCAUAAUUUUGAAAAUUAUUUCCUUCUAGGUCGCUAACGCCGUCAAGGUCAAGGUUUUUAGUGUCCUUCAUUAUGAUUUAACACCAUAUGGAUAUGCGAACAAUACAUCAGACUAAAACUACUAUGGUUUGCAUUAAUAUGUAGGAAAUUCUUUUUUGAGGAUCUUAAAAUCUGUAGUUCUCGUCUGUAAAUGGUAAAUCUCCGAGAUCAUGACACAUCACUUGUUCUACUUUGGGCUUUUUUUAUUUUCUGUUUUAGUAUCCCGCCUAUCCUCGACGCUGAUAAGGUGCAGCUUAAUCUUUGAUUCGUUUGAGAAAAUAUUUUGCAUGUUGAUCGACAUACGGAGCGAAAAGGCACUUUUCUUUUUGAAUGACCAAAAAAAAAUCCCUGAAGAUGGAGAAGAUGAUUUCUAGAUGAAAACAAGAAAAUAAUACAUUCUCUCUUGUCAAGGAAUCAAGAACAAGAAUUACAUUGAUCCUCGGCGACAAGGAAAAUAAGAAACACAGGACUGCGACUGACAACGAUUCAGACCGACUUGUGUUGAAGAUCAUGAG